UAUUGCUUUUUGUCGACUGCCAUCGUGCUGAAUUCUUCUGCGGCAGACUCAAUCCGAAGCUUCCAUAGAGGUGACGGAAGAGAGGAGGCCGGAUUCCGACGCACUGAUAUCGCCUGAGAAGUGGCCACUGCCGGCGAGGGUUUUGAUACAUGGAUUUUGAAUCCGGUACCAGCAAUACGAAGGCGAAGCGAGUGAAAGUAUCGAUGACGACUUUUUGGUUGGCCUACCAGAGUUUGGGUGUUGUUUAUGGCGAUCUGAGCAUUUCCCCUAUUUUUGUUUAUAAUAAUAUUUUUUCGGGAAGAAGGAGACUUAGUGAAGAUGAUACUGAAAUCCUUGGAGUUCUUUCUAUGGUUUUCUGGACUCUUACUCUGAUUGCUCUCUUGAAGUAUAUCGUUAUUGUAUUAGGAGCUGAUGAUAACGGCGAAGGAGGGGUCUUUGCUUUGUACUCGAGAUUGUGUCGGAGCUCAAAGCUUGGUCUUAUCAAUACAUCCAUUGCUGCUUGUAAUCACUUGCCUGUAUUUGAAUUCCAAAAAUCACCUGAAGAAAAUAAGACUAGUUUGGUGAUAAAAGGCUUUUUUGAGAAGCAUCAAAGAUCUCGAGUUGUUCUCUUUUUCAUUGUACUAUUGGGAACUGGCAUGUUGAUUGCUGAUGGUGCCUUGACGCCUUCAAUGUCAGUGCUAUCAGCUAUAUCAGGCCUCAGAGUUAAGGUACCUGAGCUGCAUGAAAAUUACACAGUGGUCAUUUCUUGUUUUAUUUUAGCGGGCCUUUUUACAUUGCAACAAUAUGGGACGCAUAGAGUUGGAUUCCUUUUUGCUCCUGUUCUAAUUACUUGGAUGGGAUGCCUCGGUAUGAUGGGCAUGUACAACAUUUUCAAGUGGAAUCCUGCUAUUGUUCGAGCUUUAUCGCCAUAUUAUAUUUAUAAAUUUCUUAGAGUGGUUGAAAAAGAUCAAUGGAGCUCACUUGGAGGAAUUGCUCUUUGUAUUACAGGGGCUGAAGCCAUGUUUGCUGAUCUUGGUCACUUCUCAAAGCUAUCUCUCAGAAUUGCAUUUUCAACCCUAGUUUUUCCGUGUUUGGUCAUAGCAUACAUGGGUGAAGCCGCUUUCCUUUCCAAGCACGAAGAGGAUCCUAAAAUGAGUUUUUACAAAUCUAUCCCAGAGAACAUAUUUUGGCCAGUAUAUGUAAUUGCCACAAUAGCAACCAUAGCUGCAAGCCAGCCGACAAUUUCAGCUACUUUCUCCAUAAUCAAUCAAUGUAGAGCCCUCAACUGCUUUCCUCGUGUGAAGAUCAUACAUACAUCCAACCAUGUCCUUGGCCAGAUAUACAUCCCAGAAAUCAAUUGGCUUUUAAUGAUUUUAUGCAUGUCUGUCACAAUUGGCUUCAGAGAUACCAUGACAAUUGGAAAUGCUUAUGAGCUUUCAGUGAUCACAGUAAUGCUCGUCACAACAUGCCUCAUGUUCCUCAUCAUCACCACUGUGUGGAAUCAAAACAUUCUCUUAGCAAUUCUCUUCACCGUCAGCUUUGGCUCUGUGGAGCUUUUCUACUUAUCAGCCUGCCUUGCCAAGUUAAAACAUGGAGGCUGGCUUCCUCUCGUCCUCUCUCUGAUCAUUCUACUUGUUAUGUCUAUUUGGCAUUAUGGCUCGUCAAUGAAACUUUCCUAUGAGCUACAGAACAAAGUCCAUCUUGAUAGCAUUCUAAACUUCAACACCAACCUCGGCCUUCUCCGUGUUCCUGGCAUUUGUUUCGUCUUCUCCACAAUCCCAGACGUCAUUCCCCCAAUGUUUUUUCACUUCAUCACCAACUUCUCUGCCGUCCAUCGCAUCAUAAUCUUUGUAAGCAUGAAAACCGUUGCCUUGCCAAGGGUCCCACUUGAAGAGCGUUUUUUGGUCAGCAGAAUUGGUCCUAAAGAGUUUGGCUUCUUUGGCUGCAUUGUAACAUACGGGUAUAAGGAUUCUCGUGUGGAAAGUGGUCAGUUUGAAGAGAAUCUGCUCAACAAACUUUCAGAAUUUCUGCUGCAUGAAGGUGGCGAGGUUGUUGAUUGGUCUUCUGAUCUAUUUGUGAAUGAUGUUUCUAGUUCUGAUGAAUCUGAUAAGAACUUAAUGAUGGAGAGAAGAGAGAAGGCUCCAUUGAGAGAUGAGGUGAUGCAGUUGAUGGAGCAAAGGGAAGCUGGUGUGGCUUACAUGAUUGGUCACACAGAAGUCCUUGCUCAUUCUUCCUCAUCUGUGCUGAAGAAGAAUGUGAUAAACUUGGUCUAUGGAUUUAUGAGACGGAAUUGCCGGCAGGUCGCGGUGGCGCUGGGGAUCCCGAGGCCUUCAUUGAUGCAGGUUGGCAUAGUUUAUCGUGUUUGAUUGAUUGUAGAUGGUGAUUCUCUUUCUCUGUUGCCUACCAGCAGAAAUAUGAAGCCUCUUUCAGGUUUCAUUAGUAUCCAGCCUGAAGGGAAAAAGCUGAUUCUUUUUUCUGCAAUAAGUUGACCGAUCUAUCCUUUUCAACUCAGGGGCUGCAUGGUAACGAUUUCAACAGCUUUACUAAAUCUUGUAAAUUAGGAUUUAUUAAAUCUUUUCAACAAUAGGAUUUCGUAAAUCCAGGAUUUAAGACAAAACUAAGAAGGAAUUGGGAAGAAUUGAAUUUAACAAAUUCUGGAUUUAAAAAUGGCAUUUUUUUUCUGUCUAAGAUUCAAGUUAAAACUGACUUACAUCUGUUAUCAUACGGCCCUUUAGUGUUUGUAUGCUUAACUUAUUGCGCACAGGAAGUUAUUGCUGAUACAGUUCAGGAGUGAAAAAUCAUCUUCAUUUGAUGCAGGACUCUCAUCUGUAUUCAUUCUGACAAAUCAUGUAUCUCCAUGAAAGCCAGACUUCAUAAAGGCAAAUAUUGGAAAUAAUAAUAGCAAAAGCAAUAUAUUAAUCAUUAAUUUUCUUCUUUGGGGAAUUAUCUAAAAUAUCUUGGAAUUGUCUACCUUAAAUUCUCUUACUAUUUUC